AUGGCAGACAGCGAGAUCUGUGGGACCAAGGACCCCACCUUCCAUCGCAUCCUCCUGGACGCGCAUUUUGAGCUGCCUUUGGACAUCCCGGAAGAGGAGGCGCGCUACUGGGCCAAAAAGCUGGAGCAGCUGAACGCCAUGCGUGACCAGGACGAGUAUUCCUUCCAGGACCAGCCGGACAAGCCACUGCCCGUGCCCAGCAGCCAGUGCUGCAACUGGAAUUACUUUGGCUGGGGAGAGCAGAACGACGACCCCGACAGUGCGGUCGAUGACCGGGACAGUGACUAUCGGAGUGAGACGAGCAACAGCAUCCCGCCGCCUUACUACACGACGUCGCAGCCCAACGCCUCGGUGCAUCAGUACUCCGUGCGCCCGCCCCCUCUGGGGUCCCGGGAGUCCUACAGCGACUCCAUGCACAGCUAUGAGGAGUUCUCCGAGCCGCGGGCGCUCAGCCCCACAGGCAGCAGCCGCUAUGCGUCCUCGGGGGAGCUGAGCCAGGGCAGCUCACAGCUGAGCGAGGACUUCGACCCGGAUGAGCACAGCCUGCAAGGUUCAGAGCUGGACGGCGAACGGGACCGCGACUCCUACCACUCCUGUCACAGCUCCGUGAGCUACCACAAAGACUCACCCCGAUGGGACCAGGAUGAUGAGGACUUGGAGGACCUGGAGGAUGAGGAGCUGCCUGAGGAGGAGGAGGAGCUGGAAGAGGAGGAGCUGGAGGAGGAGGAGGAGCUGGAGGAGGAGGAAGAGGAGCUGGAGGAGGAGGACAUACCUGAUGACCUGGCUAGCUAUGCCCAGCAGGAGGACUCCACCGUGGCCGAGCCCAAAGAGUUCAAGCGGGUCAGCCUUCCACCGGCCAUGCCUCAGAAAGAUGACAAGGUUCCAGCUGUGCCCACAGAGGCCCCAGAUGUGGCCAAGGGUGUCCCCAAAGCGGCCACGCCUGAAGAGAUGGCAGCUGCCGAGCGUGCACAGGAAGCUGAGCCCCCCAAGUCUGAGGAGAGUUUCAGGCCUCGAGAGGAUGAGGAGGUCCAGGAAGGUCAGGAUGCCAUGUCCAGGGCCAAAGCCAACUGGUUGCGAGCCUUCAACAAGGUGCGCAUGCAGCUGCAGGAGGCACGAGGAGAAGGAGAGAUGUCCAAGUCUCUAUGGUUCAAAGGAGGCCCUGGCGGUGGCCUCAUCAUCAUUGACAGCAUGCCAGACAUCCGGAAACGGAAACCCAUUCCCCUCGUGAGCGACCUGUCACUGGUCCAGUCGCGGAAGGCGGGCAUCACCUCGGCCUUGGCCUCCAGCACGUUAAACAAUGAGGAGCUGAAAAACCACGUUUACAAGAAGACCUUGCAAGCCUUAAUCUACCCCAUCUCCUGCACCACGCCGCACAACUUCGAGGUGUGGACGGCCACCACGCCCACCUACUGCUACGAGUGCGAGGGGCUGCUGUGGGGCAUCGCGCGGCAGGGCAUGCGCUGCACGGAGUGCGGCGUUAAGUGCCACGAGAAGUGCCAGGACCUGCUCAACGCGGACUGCCUGCAGCGGGCUGCGGAGAAGAGUUCCAAGCAUGGCGCGGAAGACCGCACGCAGAACAUCAUCAUGGUACUGAAGGACCGCAUGAAGAUCCGCGAGCGCAACAAACCUGAGAUCUUCGAGCUGAUCCAGGAGAUCUUCGCUGUCACCAAGAGCUCGCACACGCAGCAGAUGAAGGCCGUCAAGCAGAGCGUGCUGGACGGCACGUCCAAGUGGUCUGCCAAAAUCAGCAUCACGGUGGUCUGUGCCCAGGGCUUGCAGGCCAAGGACAAGACAGGCUCCAGUGAUCCUUAUGUCACCGUCCAGGUUGGGAAGACCAAGAAAAGGACAAAAACCAUCUACGGGAACCUCAACCCAGUGUGGGAAGAGAACUUUCACUUUGAGUGUCACAACUCCUCUGACCGGAUCAAAGUGCGUGUCUGGGAUGAAGACGAUGACAUCAAAUCCCGCGUGAAACAGAGGUUUAAGAGGGAGUCCGAUGACUUCCUGGGUCAGACGAUCAUCGAGGUGCGAACACUGAGCGGCGAGAUGGACGUGUGGUACAAUCUGGACAAGAGAACAGACAAGUCCGCGGUGUCGGGGGCCAUUCGGCUUCAUAUCAGUGUGGAGAUCAAAGGGGAGGAGAAGGUGGCGCCCUACCAUGUCCAGUACACCUGUCUGCACGAGAACCUGUUCCACUUCGUGACCGACGUGCAGAACAACGGAGUGGUGAAGAUCCCUGAUGCGAAGGGUGAUGACGCGUGGAAGGUUUACUAUGAUGAGACCGCCCAGGAGAUUGUGGAUGAAUUUGCCAUGCGCUACGGCGUGGAGUCCAUCUACCAAGCCAUGACCCACUUUGCCUGCCUCUCCUCUAAGUACAUGUGCCCUGGGGUACCCGCUGUCAUGAGCACCCUGCUUGCCAACAUCAACGCCUACUACGCUCACACGACCGCCUCCACCAACGUGUCUGCCUCUGACCGCUUCGCUGCCUCCAACUUCGGGAAAGAGCGCUUUGUGAAACUCCUGGACCAGCUCCACAACUCGCUGCGGAUCGACCUGUCCAUGUACCGGAACAACUUCCCGGCCAGCAGCCCGGAGCGGCUACAGGACCUCAAAUCCACUGUGGACCUCCUCACCAGCAUCACCUUCUUCCGCAUGAAGGUUCAGGAACUGCAGAGCCCACCGCGUGCCAGCCAGGUGGUGAAGGACUGCGUGAAGGCCUGCCUCAACUCCACCUACGAGUACAUCUUCAACAACUGCCAUGAGCUGUACGGCCGGGAGUACCAGACAGACCCGGCCAGGAAGGGUGAGGUCCCCCCGGAGGAGCAGGGCCCCAGCAUCAAGAACCUGGACUUCUGGUCCAAGCUGAUCACACUCAUCGUUUCCAUCAUUGAGGAGGACAAGAACUCCUACACGCCCUGCCUCAACCAGUUUCCGCAGGAGCUGAACGUGGGGAAGAUCAGCGCUGAGGUGAUGUGGAGCCUCUUUGCCCAAGACAUGAAGUACGCCAUGGAGGAGCAUGACAAACACCGGCUGUGCAAGAGCGCCGACUACAUGAACCUGCACUUCAAGGUCAAGUGGCUGUACAACGAGUACGUGGCCGAGCUGCCCGCCUUCAAGGACCGCGUGCCUGAGUACCCUGCGUGGUUUGAACCCUUUGUCAUCCAGUGGUUGGACGAGAACGAGGAGGUGUCGCGAGACUUCCUGCAUGGUGCGCUGGAGCGGGACAAGAAGGACGGGUUCCAGCAGACGUCGGAGCACGCCCUGUUCUCCUGCUCAGUGGUGGACGUCUUCUCCCAGCUCAACCAGAGCUUCGAGAUCAUCAAAAAGCUGGAGUGUCCCGACCCCCAGAUCGUGGGCCACUACAUGAGGCGCUUCGCCAAGACCAUCAGCAACGUGCUGCUGCAGUAUGCCGACAUUGUCUCCAAGGACUUCGCCUCCUACUGCUCCAAGGAGAAGGAGAAACCCUGCAUCCUCAUGAACAACACACAGCAGCUCCGGGUGCAGCUGGAGAAGAUGUUUGAGGCGAUGGGCGGGAAGGAGCUGGAUGCCGAGGCCAGCGGCACCCUGAAGGAGCUGCAGGUGAAACUCAACAACGUCCUGGAUGAGCUCAGCCACGUGUUUGCCACCAGCUUCCAGCCGCACAUCGAGGAGUGUGUGAAGCAGAUGGGCGACAUCCUGAGUCAGGUGAAGGGCACGGGCAACGUGCCUGCCAGCGCCUGCAGUAGCGUGGCCCAGGACGCAGACAACGUGCUGCAGCCCAUCAUGGACCUGCUGGACAGCAACCUCACCCUGUUCGCCAAAAUCUGUGAGAAGACGGUUCUGAAGCGAGUGCUGAAGGAGCUGUGGAAGCUGGUGAUGAACACCAUGGAAAAGACCAUCGUCCUGCCGCCGCUGACUGACCAAACGGGUACCCUCUUGAGAAAACAUGGCAAGGGACUAGAAAAGGGCAGGGUGAAACUGCCGAGCCACUCAGACGGGACACAGAUGAUCUUCAAUGCCGCCAAGGAGCUGGGCCAGCUGUCCAAACUUAAGGAUCACAUGGUGCGAGAAGAAGCCAAGAGCUUGACGCCGAAGCAGUGCGCCGUGGUGGAACUGGCCCUGGACACCAUCAAGCAAUACUUCCACGCGGGGGGCGUGGGCCUCAAGAAGACCUUUUUGGAGAAGAGCCCUGACCUCCAGUCCCUGCGCUAUGCCCUGUCGCUCUAUACGCAGGCCACCGACCUGCUCAUCAAAACUUUCGUGCAGACUCAGUCCGCGCAGGUCCACGGUGGAAAGGGGACUAGGUUUACCCUUAGUGAAGACGUUUGUCCUGAGAUGGGCUCGGGUGUGGAAGACCCUGUAGGUGAAGUGUCUGUUCACGUGGAGCUACUCACACAUCCGGGAACUGGGGAACAGAAGGUCACAGUGAAGGUGGUGGCCGCCAAUGACCUAAAGUGGCAGACUUCUGGCAUCUUCCGGCCGUUCAUCGAGGUCAACAUCGUUGGACCUCAGCUCAGUGACAAGAAACGAAAGUUUGCCACCAAAUCAAAAAACAACAGCUGGGCGCCCAAGUACAACGAGAGCUUCCAGUUCUCCCUGAGCGCGGACGCGGGCCCCGAGUGCUACGAGCUGCAGGUGUGCGUCAAGGACUACUGCUUCGCACGCGAGGACCGCACGGUGGGGCUGGCGGUGCUGCAGCUGCGGGAGCUGGCCCAGCGCGGGAGCGCCGCGUGCUGGCUGCCGCUCGGCCGCCGUAUCCACAUGGACGACACGGGGCUCACGGUGCUGCGCAUCCUGUCGCAGCGCAGCAACGACGAGGUGGCCAAAGAGUUUGUCAAGCUCAAGUCGGACACGCGGUCGGCCGAGGAGGGCGGUGCCGCGCCUGCUCCCUAGCGUGCGUGGGGGCGGGGCGGGGCCUAGGAGCGGCUGAGGCCCCGCCCUCUGUAUCCCCGCCCUCUCCAGAGGCCACGCCCCUCCACCUCAGUGGCCUUGGCUGGGGAGGCCUUGCCUCCUGGCCCUGGAAAAGCCAUAGAGGGUCCGGUUCCCAGGGCCUGGGUUGGGCAAGGCUGCCUGGGAGGCGAGGACGCAGCCUGUGGUGUCUGCAAAAACCAGUGCGGGAUGGGCUCUUAAAAGCACAUGCGCCCUCGGCGCAACAGGGGCUGAGAGUGUCCUUCCCCACGGACCCUGCCCUCAGCAGAGCACCCACUGGCAGCUGGCGACCCCCUAGCUCGUGCCACACACGGUGGGCUGAGCCCUGACAGAUGGCCCAGCCCACAUCGCUGCUAAAUACCCUUCUCCCCAAUUCUUCCCCGAGGGAC